AUGACGUACGAUUAUGAAGCUAUCCAUGACUGGGCCCCAUUCCCCAGCACAGCUAACAGUGUGAAGUGGUUAAAGUUCCACCAUAGUCAUGGAGAUAGAAUUCAGACCUCUCUUCGCACCACCAACAAAGCUCUCAACUCCAUUAUCAACAACACUAACAGUUUUGUGGUUGACAUAACACCCCCAUAUCUGCAUUAUCUUUGGGAUGGCUUCCAAUCUAAAGAUCAAGAAUUCCAAUCAGCGACAGACCAGCUUUCAGUCAGCUUCAAGUAUUCUGACAAAGAAUCUGGUGUAGAUCACAUCAAAGUACAGAUCUUUGAAGUUUCUGGUGGUACAAGAUCACAAAAAUACCCAGCUAUGAAAAAUGACUGGAAAAAUAUAAGUGAUGCAUCACUAACUAGCCACAUAUGGUCAGGACUGUCCCUGAAGGAGGGUGCUAGAUACAGUCUGAGGGUGGGGGCUGUCAAUCAUGCUGGCUUCCUCGCUGCUUUUGAAACCAAUGGAGUCAUUGACACAUCUCCUUUGGUGAUGUGGUUAAGAGUUGGAGUGACAGGUAGCUCCAAAGAACACAGAGUAGAUGGAUAUGUCUGGGUGUCAGAUAAAAAGGGUAUCCAGGCCUCUUGGCUCUGUCAGGAUCAUGAAUCAGGUGUAACAGAGUAUUUGGUGGCUGUAGGCACAUCUCAAG